UUGAAUCCUGGGGAAGAAUUUUACCGGAAUGCAGCCACAGCUCUGGGAGCCCGGCGCCGGGCUGUUUCUGAAGCCAAGCGUGGAAGAAUGGGGUUCCUUUGGACCGGCACUUGGAUUCUGGUGUUGGUGCUCCAAAGCAGCCCAAUCCAAGCUUUCCCCAAGCCGGGAGGCAGUCAAGACAAACCCCUACAUAAUAGAGAAUUAAGUGCAGAAAGACCUUUGAAUGAACAGAUUGCUGAAGCAGAAGCAGACAAGAUUAAAAAAACAUACCCUCCAGAAAACAAGCCAGGUGAAAGCAAUUAUUCCUUUGUUGAUAACUUGAACCUGCUAAAGGCAAUAACAGAAAAGGAAAAAAUUGAGAAAGAAAGACAAUCCAUUAGAAGCUCCCCACAUGAUAAUAAACUGAAUGUGGAAGAUGUUGAUUCAACCAAGAAUCGAAGACUGAUUGAUGAUUAUGAUUCUACUAAGAGUGGACUGAAUCAUAAAUUUCAAGAUGAUCCAGAUGGCCUUCAUCAACUAGAUGGAACUCCUUUAACUGCUGAAGACAUCGUCCAAAAAAUUGCUACCAGGAUUUAUGAGGAAAAUGACAGAGGAGUAUUUGAUAAGAUUGUUUCUAAACUGCUGAAUCUUGGCCUCAUCACAGAAAGCCAGGCGCACACACUAGAAGAUGAAGUAGCAGAGGUUUUACAAAAAUUGAUCUCAAAGGAAGCCAACACUUAUGAGGAGGAACCCAAUAAACCGACAAGCAUGACUGAGAGUCAGGCUGGAAAAAUACCAGAGAAAGUGACUCCAAUGGCAGCAAUUCAAGAUGGUUUUACUAAUGGACAAAAUGAUGAAACAGUAUCUAAUACCUUAACCUUGACAAAUGGCUUGGAAAGGAGAACUAAAAUCUACAAUGAAGACAACUUUGAGGAACUCCAAUAUUUCCCAAACUUCUAUGCACUACUGAAAAGUAUUGAUUCAGAAAAAGAGGCAAAAGAGAAAGAAACACUGAUUACUAUCAUGAAAACGUUGAUUGACUUUGUGAAGAUGAUGGUAAAGUAUGGCACAAUAUCUCCAGAAGAAGGCGUUUCCUACCUUGAAAACUUGGAUGAAACUAUUGCUCUUCAGACCAAGAACAAGCUAGAAAAAAAUGUUACUGACAAUAAAAGCAAGCUUUUCCCAGCACCGUCAGAAAAAAGUCAUGAAGAAACAGAUAGUACCAAGGAAGAAGCAGCUAAGAUGGAAAAGGAAUACGGAACCUUGAAAGAUUCCACAAAAGACGAUAACCUAAGAGGAAAGACAGAUGAGCCAAGAGGAAAAACAGAAGCCUAUUUGGAAGCCAUCAGAAAAAAUAUUGAAUGGUUGAAGAAACACAACAAAAAAGGAAAUAAAGAAGAUUAUGACCUUUCAAAGAUGAGGGACUUCAUCAACCAACAAGCGGAUGCUUAUGUGGAGAAAGGCAUCCUUGAUAAAGAAGAAGCUGAUGCCAUCAAGCGUAUCUACAGCAGUCUGUAA